AUGAAUAGCAUUGAGAUCGCCGGCAACACGUUUCAGUAUGCGGAGCUCAACAUUCGCCACACAGGAAAUGCUGAGAAGACCCUAGCAAUGGUAAAACGUGCAGUAAGAAUGGGUUACGACACAGUUGCAAUUAACAUUGACAUCGGAGAUAUCGCUCCUGGAGAAUUAGUCGUGGGUAAGCAACAAAUACCUGAACCAUACUCGAUCGACGAGUCCCUACUGGAUACAACAGAUCUGCAAAAACAAGGAAAACGAUUUCGGCAAUUCAGCCGCAUUACCUUCACCCUGAAUGAUGCGUCGGUUAUACAUAACGUAUUCAAUAAUCCCCGUCUUCGAAAAUUCGAUAUUGUGGCAGUGCGGCCAUCUGAUGUAAAUAUUCUCAACACACUCACACGCAAAACUGAUGCCGUUGAUAUCAUUACUAUGAACCCCGAAACUCACGUGUCCUGGCUGCACAAGGUCAAGUUUCUGGAGAAAAUCCGCAUCGAAGGUGUCGGUUUCGAAAUUACUUACGCUCCGGCAUUGUUUCCUGCGAAUCGCAGAUCUUGUCUCCAUACUGGACGGUACCUCAUCAGAGGCCUACGAGGACGAGGCGUAAUACUAUCUAGUGGAGCAACCUCUAUGUGUGAACUUCGAGCACCAGUGGAUGUAAUGAAUAUGGCUGUUUUAUGGGGUGUAACUGGUGCUGACGCUAGAUUGUUAAUAAGUGGGAACGCCAAACAAGUUCUGCUACGAGCUGAAGCUCGACGGACAGUCGGCGGUGCUCUGCAUGUUGCACCAGUGGAGACACGAGUUGAAGAAGAUGGUCAGAAAACUAUAGACGUUUCUAUUCCUGCAUGUCGUUCCACUCAUGCUGAUGCUUUACAACGACUCCUGAAAGUGAAGGAGUUCCGAGCACAGGUAUUUGGUGAAGUCCAAUCUAUCAUUACAGAAAUUGACCUAUAA